AAAGGUGACAUCAAAGCGCCUGCAGGACAAUCAUCCUUUUGUGUACCUGUUCAAGGAAGAUAUCAUGUGCAAUUAAUCUCGUGCAUGAAUUUUGAUCCUCAGCAAUUCGACAUAAAUGUUGCUUCCGACCAAGUAUAUGAAGCUAAAGCCAUGGACGCAAAAAUCACUGGCACGAUAAAAAGCACUGACGGCAGCGGAUUUGUCGUUAAAGUCAAAUCCGGCGCUGGAGAGCGUGAUGUCUCUGUAGGCUCUAACGGAAAGUUCUCCUUCUAUGAGCCUAUCACAUCUAGUGGAGAUGUUAUUCUUACCCCUACAUCUGCUACUCAUCUUUUUGACCCUUCAAGUUUUUCAUUACGAUUCAGAGGAGACUGUGCUGAACAUGUUGUGGAAUUCGUUGCAACUAAAGGUAUCUUCAUUGAUGGUUCUAUAACACCGCCUGUUGCUGGAGUCAAGAUUAUUGCCAAGCACAAGCAAGAUUCCAGCGUUUAUUUCGAGACCAAAUCUGAUAAAGAAGGAAAAUACAGGAUUGGCCCUGUGCGACGGGCAGAAGAUAUGAAAAUCACUGCAGAGCUCGAUGGAUACACUUUCAGCGAGAAGGGUGGUCUUGUAGGCCAACUGACUAGCACUAAACUGAGCAAGCUUACUGUUGUUGUGUCGGAUAUUGCGACAUCAGAACGGCUGGAAGACGUGCUGCUAUCCAUCGUCGGUGGAAAAGAGUAUCGUAGUAACAGUAUGAUUGACAAAACUGGAGAAAUCAAUUUUGUUGGUUUGGUGAGCAUUUAUUCGCAGAUUUUCUAUAACAAUGUCGCUCCGAAAAGAAACUUAUGA